GAACGGAGGGAAAGUACAAAAUACGAAUUUGCCUUCCUGUAGGUCAAUACGUUACCUGCCACCUGUAGGGCAGUGAAGGCUGUUAGAGAUGGCCUUGUCUCAAUGUCUGGAAGACUCACCUCUGAGGUUUGGCUCCAAACCCACCGGGAGAGACGACCUGAACCUACCGGAGGUGUACAACGAGACACACCGGCUGGCUUUGGAGGAGUUGCUGUCAGGAGGAGUCGACAGUUUUCUAGACUUCCUCAGGAAAGAGUCGAUCCCCAACUUUCUGUCGGAGGAUGAGGUUCAGCGGAUCAGGAGCGCCGCCGUGGCCCCGCAGCGGUGCGCGUCCGUACUGGGAGAUGAGACGGCUCUGGAGCAGUCGCAGGACUGCUCCUCCGUCACCUAUUUCCCCGAGGUAUCGGACGUGGAGCCGCCGAUGCUGGAGAUGGGCUGGCCCGCAUUCACCGCUGGCUCAUACCGGGGAGUCACACGGGCAGUGGCUUACUUCCAGCCCAGCUACGGGGCGUGCAUCUACAGCUGCAAGGAGGCUGCGAGGCGCAUGAUUAAAAGUGCCAGAGAGGUGAUUGCCAUAGUUACAGACUCCCUGACAGACCUGGAUAUCUUUAAGGAUCUUCAGGAGGCAUGCUCCAAGCGCAAUGUCCCGGUCUACAUCCUGCUGGACCAAUCAGGUGCCCUCGCGUUCCUCAAGAUGUGCAAAAAUGUCGGCGUUCGCUUGGAUGACCUUCAGCAAAUGAGAGUGAGAACCAUAACUGGUACGACGUAUUACAUGAGAUCAGGAGCGCGGAUUACCGGGGAGGUUCAUGAGAGGUUCAUGUUGAUUGAUGGAACCAAAGUGGCUACAGGUUCCUACAGGUUCAACUGGAGCGAUGGCAAACUGAACAGCAGCAACCUGAUCGAGCUUUCGGGUCAGAUAACAGAGAAAUUUGACGAGGAGUUCCGCAUCCUCUACGCCCAGUCUCUACCUAUAAACACUCAGAGGCCUCCAAGUGUUCGUAACAGUGGCAUCUACGACCACCUCCUCAUCAAAAACCUAGUCACCUCCUCCCCUCACCUGGCCAGCACGCCCAGCCGUAAGCCCCAAACCUUAGAGGUGCAGCCGCCGUGUGAACCGUCAACUGCAGAGGAGGCUCUUAAAGUCACAGCGGGGUCCAACUCGUCAACCAUAGGUGAGGACUGGGAGGAGCAGGAGCGCGUACAGGAGGAGAUCCUGGCUGGUAACGCCGCUCUGCGCUUCCCUGUAGACAAGGUUGCAGAAAAAGAAGUCAUAACCCCCAGCACGGUGCGCUGCCACGUCUCCACUCAGACCAGUUGGUCAAUGGCGGACAGGGACUCCCAAACUGACCACCAGUGCACACAGCAACCUAAUCACAUCACAUCCGUCAUCACCACCACCCAGAACCAGAACCAGGUCACCUCUCCCUCCUCUGCUCAUCCCAAACAGACCUCUCCCGCCUCGGCAGCUCCAGACGACGCCCUGAAGGACUGCUUCAACAAGCUGACCAAAGAGCGCCAACACUACUACUCAAACAUCCGCCACAAACUGGAGGACAUGGUGACCUCCCUGUCCCAAAGGCGAGAGCUCACGGACAUCACCAACAUGACUCAGUGGUCCAGCAUUUACAGCAGGCAGAAGAUGCACCAAGACUGCGUGCCGGGACCGAACCCCAGCAUGCUUGUAGAAAAUGUGGGCACAGGCACGGGCACAUGGCCAAGAGCCAGAUGUGCGUACUAGUUUUGUUUCUGGCUUCAGGGAUUUCAAUGACAGAGGGUUUUAAGGGAGAAGCUGUUGCAAGGUUUCUUGUGGGUCUUCUGUUUCAAAUAAAUGCUUUUAACUCACGCAGUUGAAUUUCAGCUUUAUUCUAUUUGUAUUCUUUUCUGCAAUGCCCGCUUUUGUCCUUUUAUAGUUGCUGUGUUCUGUUGUUGAAACUGUUUUUGGUGUAAUGGCAACGCAUAAUUUUUUAAGUGACAUUAUCAUCUUGUAGUAAUCAAACACUGUGCAAUCUUUUUUUUUUUACUAUGUCAAGUUGAAUGAAUAUCAUUUACUGAGGGCGGUUAAGACUGGAUAAUAUCUACUGUAGUGUGAGUGAAAAUCCAUCAAAGUGUGUAUGCGUUUAAGGAAUGGCUGUUUUGGUUAUUUAAAUCAAAAAACUGACUGCUGUAACUACAUCUGAACAU